AUGCUAUUCUUCAGCUUCUUCAAGACCCUAACUCAACAGACCGUGACAGUCGAGCUCAAAAACGACAUCAGCAUCCGCGGCACACUGAAAUCCGUCGACCAGUACCUCAACAUCAAACUCGACGAUGUGGUCGUGUUGGACGAGCUGAAAUACCCACAUCUGAGCUCCGUGAAGAAUAUAUUCAUCCGCGGCUCCGUCGUCAGAUAUGUGCAUCUCCCGCCGGAUAAGGUCGAUCGCUCCCUGCUAGAAGACGCUUGUCGCAGAGAGGCCGCGGCGCAGAAGGCCAAGGGGAGUUGA